CCGCCCAGGCAGUUGGUGCAGCGGCCGUUGGGUUGAGUGCGCUCACCCCACCCCUCCCCUCCUCAGGCCCCGGGCCCCCACCCCGCAGGGCCCAGCCCCAGCCUCAGCCGGGCCGGUCCCGUGCGGGCCCGUGCCGCCCCUUCAGCCGGCGACGCCCCGGGCCGCCCGCUCGCCCGCCACCAUGGAGCUGGAGGACGGUGUGGUGUACCAGGAGGAGCCCGGCGGCUCCGGGGCCGUGAUGUCGGAGCGGGUGUCCGGCCUGGCCGGCUCCAUCUACCGCGAGUUCGAGCGGCUGAUCGGGCGCUACGACGAGGAGGUGGUCAAGGAGCUGAUGCCACUGGUGGUGGCCGUGCUGGAGAACCUGGACUCGGUGUUCGCACAGGACCAGGAGCACCAGGUGGAGCUGGAGCUGCUGCGGGACGACAACGAGCAGCUCAUCACCCAGUACGAGCGGGAGAAGGCGCUGCGCAAGCACGCCGAGGAGAAAUUCAUUGAAUUUGAAGACUCUCAAGAACAGGAAAAAAAGGAUUUACAGACCCGAGUGGAAUCUUUAGAAUCUCAAACAAGACAACUCGAACUCAAAGCAAAAAAUUAUGCUGACCAGAUUAGCAGACUUGAAGAAAGAGAAGCAGAACUGAAGAAGGAAUAUAAUGCAUUACAUCAAAGACACACCGAGAUGAUCCAUAAUUAUAUGGAACACUUAGAAAGAACAAAACUUCAUCAGCUCUCAGGGAGUGAUCAACUAGAGUCCACAGCUCAUAGUAGAAUUAGAAAAGAACGCCCUAUAUCACUAGGGAUUUUCCCAUUACCUGCUGGAGACGGAUUGCUUACACCUGAUACUCAGAAAGGUGGAGAAACCCCUGGAUCAGAGCAAUGGAAAUUUCAGGAAUUAAGUCAACCACGUUCUCAUACCAGCCUGAAGGAUGAACUCUCUGAUGUUAGCCAAGGAGGAUCUAAAGCUACCACUCCAGCAUCAACUGCUGCUUCAGAUGUGGCAACACUUCCUACUGAUACUCCCUUAAAGGAAGAUAAUGAAGGAUUUGUGAAGGUUACAGAUACACCAAAUAAGUCAGAUAUAAGCAAGCAUAUUGAAGUACAGGUAGCACAAGAAACUAGAAAUGUAUCAACAGGCUCUGCUGAAAAUGACGAGAAGUCAGAAGUUCAAGCAAUCAUUGAAUCCACACCUGAGUUGGAUAUGGACAAAGAUCUCAGUGGAUAUAAAGGCUCAAGCACUCCCACCAAAGGCAUAGAGAACAAAGCUUUUGAUCGCAAUACAGAAUCUCUCUUUGAAGAACUGUCUUCAGCUGGCUCAGGCCUGAUUGGAGACGUGGAUGAAGGAGCAGAUUUACUAGGAAUGGGCCGUGAAGUUGAGAAUCUCAUAUUAGAAAAUACACAACUAUUGGAAACCAAAAAUGCUUUGAAUGUAGUGAAGAAUGACUUGAUAGCAAAAGUGGAUGAACUGACCUGUGAGAAAGAUGUGCUGCAAGGGGAACUGGAGGCUGUGAAACAAGCCAAACUGAAGUUGGAGGAAAAGAACAGAGAACUGGAGGAAGAGCUGCGGAAAGCUCGUGCAGAAGCUGAAGAUGCAAGGCAAAAAGCAAAAGAUGAUGAUGAUAGUGAUAUUCCCACAGCCCAGAGGAAGCGUUUUACUAGAGUAGAAAUGGCCCGCGUUCUAAUGGAGAGAAACCAGUAUAAAGAGAGAUUGAUGGAGCUUCAGGAAGCUGUUCGAUGGACAGAGAUGAUUCGGUUUGUAACCAAUGGUCAAGGGGAAAAUAAGAUGAAAAAUUUACCUGUGCCUGUCUAUCUCAGACCUCUAGAUGAAAAAGAUGCAUCAAUGAAGCUGUGGUGUGCUGUUGGAGUCAAUUUAUCUGGCGGGAAGACCAGAGAUGGCGGAUCUGUUGUUGGAGCAAGUGUUUUUUACAAGGAUGUUGCUGGUCUGGAUACAGAAGGCAGCCAACAGCGAAGUGCCUCUCAGAGUAGCUUAGACAAGCUGGACCAGGAACUUAAGGAACAGCAGAAGGAGUUUAAAAAUCAAGAAGAAUUAUCCUCUCUAGUCUGGAUCUGUACCAGCACUCAUUCAGCUACAAAAGUUAUCAUUAUUGAUGCUAUUCAACCAGGCAACGUCCUAGACAGUUUCACUGUUUGCAACUCGCAUGUUCUGUGUAUAGCAAGUGUACCAGGAGCACGAGAAACAGACUACCCCGUGGGAGAAGAGCUUUCGGAGUCCGGACAGGUAGACAAAGCGUCUUUAUGUGGAAGCGUGACAAGCACUAGCUCGGCAGAGAUGGACAACCUAUUGGGAGGCAUCACGGUGGUUGGUUGUUCAGCAGAAGGUGUGACAGCAGCUGCCACUUCCCCUAGUACCAAUGGUGCUUCUCCAGUGACGGAAAAACCACCAGAAAAGGAAGCAGAAAAUAGUGAGGUUGAUGAAAAUGUCCCAACAGCAGAAGAAGCAACUGAAGCCACAGAAGGCAAUGCAGGGUCAGCUGAAGACACCGUGGACACCUCCCAAACCGGCGUGUACACAGAGCAUGUCUUUACAGAUCCUUUGGGAGUUCAAAUCCCAGAAGACCUCUCACCGGUGUAUCAGUCAAGUAGUGACUCAGAUGCAUAUAAAGAUCAGAUACCAGCAUUGCCAAAUGAACAAGACCUGGUGAGAGAAGAAGCCCAGAAAAUGAGUAGCCUUUUACCAACUAUGUGGCUUGGAGCUCAGAAUGGCUGUUUGUAUGUCCAUUCAUCUGUAGCCCAGUGGAGGAAAUGUCUCCAUUCUAUUAAACUUAAAGAUUCGAUUCUCAGUAUUGUACAUGUGAAGGGAAUUGUGCUAGUGGCCCUGGCUGAUGGCACCCUUGCAAUCUUUCACAGAGGAGUUGAUGGGCAGUGGGAUUUGUCAAACUAUCACCUGUUAGAUCUCGGACGGCCUCACCAUUCCAUCCGAUGCAUGACUGUGGUCCAUGACAAAGUCUGGUGUGGCUAUAGGAACAAAAUCUAUGUGGUUCAGCCAAAGGCCAUGAAAAUAGAGAAAUCAUUCGAUGCACACCCCAGGAAGGAGAGCCAGGUGCGGCAGCUUGCAUGGGUGGGUGAUGGUGUGUGGGUCUCCAUUCGUUUGGAUUCCACACUCCGUCUCUAUCAUGCACACACUUAUCAGCAUCUGCAGGAUGUGGACAUUGAGCCUUAUGUAAGCAAAAUGUUAGGUACUGGAAAACUGGGCUUCUCUUUUGUGAGGAUCACAGCUCUUAUGGUGUCUUGCAAUCGUUUGUGGGUAGGGACAGGAAACGGUGUCAUUAUCUCCAUCCCAUUGACAGAAACAAAUAAAACCUCAGGAGCACCUGGAAAUCGCCCUGGAAGCGUGAUCCGCGUAUAUGGUGAUGAAAACAGUGAUAAAGUGACACCAGGGACAUUUAUACCUUAUUGUUCAAUGGCACAUGCACAGCUUUGCUUCCAUGGACAUCGGGACGCUGUGAAAUUCUUUGUGGCAGUCCCAGGUCAAGUCGUCAGCCCCCAAAGUGGCAGUAGUGGCACAGACCUAACAGGUGACAAAGCAGGACCAUCUGCACAGGAGCCUGGCAGCCAGACGCCUUUGAAGUCCAUGCUCGUCAUCAGCGGAGGAGAGGGCUACAUUGACUUCCGGAUGGGUGAUGAAGGUGGAGAAUCAGAACUUCUUGGAGAGGAUCUUCCACUUGAACCUUCUGUUGCCAAAGCAGAAAGGAGUCACUUGAUAGUGUGGCAAGUGAUGUAUGGCAGUGAGUGAGCCCGUGGGACCCAGGCGGAGCCAGAGGCGCCGUCGCUUCUGCAUGGUUUCUUUCCCCGUUUCCUCUUUAUUUAAUGCUCUCUUCGUGAAAUAAGUUUCACCACAUAAUGUGUGAGCAUUUUUUUCCCUGUUAACUUUACAUUACAAAAUCUGUCUUACCGUAACAAUACAGGAACUAGCCGUUUUACUGCACCAGUGUUAUAGGCAAUUUCAGUAUAUUAUGAACAAAUCAAGGAAUGUUUACUUUCUGCAAACUGGUGAAUUAUAGAAAGCAAUCCAGAGGUGGUAUGUUCUGCCACAGCUAAUGUCACUUCACUUGAUGGGGUCACUUUUUAGCUAUCACUAAUAAUGGAAUUAAUGGAAACACUUGAUAAAUGAAAUAGUAAAGUUUUCCCCCAGUGUAUUAUAAAAUUGACACAAACUAAUAUCAGGUGGAUGAUCAGGAUUUAUCUAAAUGUCCCGAGAGGGCUAAAAGCUAACUGUAAAUUACUUAAAUUUUCACUUUCGAAUCUGACAAAUCUUGUUUAUAUGGUAUAUAAAACUUUGUUUUCAUCAGAUUUGGGGGGGUUUUAUAUUAAAGAAAUUAAGACUACACUAUUUAAAUAAAAGUUUCCUGUUUCUGACUUAGAGCUAUAAAGUUUAUGAGGCCUGCUUCUCUGAAUAUUCUGAUUUUUUUUUUUGAGACUAGUUUUACUCAUUUCAUACUGACAUGUCUGAAAGAUUUAUACUUAUAAGGCUUAGAAGAUAGGCGUCAGCAAUGGGAGGAUUUUUUUUUUUUAAAGGAAAUUGUGUUUUGGAUUCCUUGUACGAGCAGUUGGUGGUGGUUGGUUGUUUUUUCCAUGUGAAAAGUUCACCUGUUUACCAGCAGUUCUUGGACUGCUCUUAUCAGUUAAUAAGACUAAAGCCUUAGUGGUGAUGGAGUGUGGCCUACAAACUGAAUGAGGGAUUUGAUUAGAAAUGGUAUUUUCUCUUCUGUAUAAAACUACAGAACAACUGUACUUGAUAUUUUGUAUGUAAAUGACACAUUUGAGCUUUUAUGCCCUGUUGAGCCUGAAAUGCCAUCUUUAAAGAGGAAAGCUAUGAAGGGGAAGAAGACAAAGUUGAGAUGCUGUAAAAUAAAAGUUGACAUGACAUCUUUUUACUCACAAUACCCAUUUAAAAAAAUACUGUCUAGGUCUGAUUGCCUUGUUUAAUUAUACUGCAGUUUUUUCCCUCUCAAUCUUCUUGAAAAUGUGUGAUUUACCAUUUUUUACUCAUUACUUUAAGCAAAGCUAAAUAUAAAUUUAAGUGCUAUUUUAAAAAUAUAAACCUAUUCGCUAAAGACCCCUUAUCGGAAGGACUACUUCAAAGAAAAGAAAGCAAACACAGGUCUCAGAUUAUCUAAGCAUUCUUAAGUACCAGGAAUUUUUUUUUUUUUCUGAACUGUCAUGCAAAGAUAUUUGUAAAACGCACACGUCUUUUAAGCAUAUACAUGAUUAGGCUAGAUUGUAAAAUACAUCAGAUUUAAUGAGCUGGAGGAGGCCUUUGAAUCCAUUUGGCCACAUGUGUCUUUAAGCACAUUAUGUACACAGUAAAAUUGUGGCCACUUUAGAUGGCUAGAAGAAGAAACUUUUGGUAAAAGCUAUAUUAAAAGGAUAAUUUUUUUGCCUGAGCUAUGUACUUUUCUUCAGGGCACUAAAACUUAGGCCACUUUUCCAUAAUUUCUAAGCUAUGUUUUUAUUUCAUUUUAAAUCUGAGUCAUUUUUGGCAAUACUUAAAAAAAACAAACCACAUUCUUAAACAUUUUGGGGAAUGUUGUAUAAAUUCACAAAAAAGAGACACCAAAGUGUUUGGAAAUGUUAAUACCCAGAAGUAAACAUCCCAGAGUCAUACCCCAUUUGCUGUUCAGUCUCUUACAGUUUAUAUGGCCGAAUGUAAUUUAGGAAAUCAGGGGUUGAAGAUGAGAAAUGCAAACAAACAUGUUGUAAUUGUUCUUUAUAAACUUACUGGCUUUAACUUAAGGAAUAUGGGUGUGGACUUAUUUUCUCUCAAACUGUCAGAUUGCGUGUGGCCCUGUUAACUAGCUCCAGGGACUAGCGGGAGUUCACAAACGCCUGUACAAUUUGUUUUAAGGGCUUGUCCUCAUGUUUGUAAUUUCAGUUAAGUAUUUUCUGCAAAUUGCUUUAUUUCCCCUUCCUCCCAUAACAGGUUUAUAUUCUUAUAAUGUUCACUUUAGUCAAGGUUGCAACCUUUGGAAGAAAAUGCCAAAAUGUAAGCUUCUUGCAAACAGCAAAGUGAUUGUUGUAAACUGCUUAUAAGCUAGCACGUUAAGGGCAGAGAAGAGGAUUGAGUACCUUGGAUUGGUCUCAUCAUGUAAAAAACAAUUUACUCGUUUUGGAAGAAAUAAGGGAUGCCUGAGAAUUUCCUCAUUUUGUUACGCUUGGAUGACGUAUGAGGUUGAACCGUGUAAAAUUGCUGAUGUUUGACCAUUGCUGAUCUACAAAAGUGGCAGUAUCAUAUACAUCAACCAAACACUAUUGUAUGUAGGUUAAAAUCCCUGUGAGGCAAAGGGAAAAUAUUCUCUAGGAAUCCAGUUUUUAAAUUCCUUCCUAGAUUUGAGAACAGACCCUUUAACAAUGGCUGCCUUAGAAACAAAAACAAUUGUCUCAUAAUAUUAACUGGCCUAUAGAAUGUGCGUUGGGCAACUGCUACGGAACUGAAUAUUUAUUUCCUUGUGAGUAUUAUGACCGUUACCAAAGGACUCAACCAGAUUUAGGGCACUUCUUAAUUGAUCAUGUUGAGAAAGGGACUCAUUGGUCCCAGUUUGUAACAUGGGAAGAGUAGAGAUGCGAGAAUUAAAUGUGGAAAUCAUAAAUGCUUCUCUAACAGGGUUAUGCUGUUUAAAUAACACAGAAUGUCUUUUUCUUUCUCUUUAAAAGAUUAAGUUUUUACUAUUAAUAUUGUCAUACAUUUCUCAAUAUUUGAAUAUAUUUUAACCAUUUUAUGUUCUGAAUUUGUUUUUUGUCCUAGACAUUUGACCCAAAAUUUUACUUGCCUCUGUAAUCUGAAAAAGGGGUUCUAGACUGUCCUACUUGCUGUCUCGUAGAGGCUGAGGCUUCAUUUCUAUGAGCAAAAAGCUCGUUUAGCAAUGUAGUUAUUUCAGUAUUUAUUUCUAUUAUGGAAUCCCUGGGGUUCGGAAUGUAACUUUGUACAUGAAAUAUAUAUAAAUAUGUAUAUGAAACAUG